GCUCCAGGCUGAGCCGAAGCUGUGGGGGCAGGCCGGGCCUGCUGUCACCUCGCUGGGUUCUAAGGUCACCUGGAGCCUGAGGGCUGGACCAGCACUCUCAGGACUCAGCAGACACUGGAAGUAGUGGUGAAGGACACAGUGGUAGUCAAUGUUAUUUGAGCAGGGUCAGCAGGCCCUGGAGCUUCCUGAGUGCACCAUGCAGAAGGCUGCAUACUAUGAAAAUCCAGGACUCUUUGGAGGCUAUGGCUACAGCAAAGCCACCGAUACUUAUGGCUACAGUAACCCCCAUCAGCCAUAUCCACCCACUGCUGCUGCCAGCUCCCUGGACACUGAGUACCCAGGUUCUGCCUGCUCUAUCCAGAGCUCUGCACCUCUCAGAGCCCCAGCCCACAAAGGGGCUGAACUCAAUGGUAGCUGCAUGCGACCUGGCACUGGGAACAACCAGGGUGGGGGUGGUGGUAGCCAGCCUCCUGGCCUGAACUCAGAGCAGCAGCCAUCACAACCUCCUCCUCCACCACCUACUCUGCCCCCAUCCUCACCCACCAAUCCUGGAGGAGGAGGAGUGUCUGCCAAGAAGGCCAAGGGUGGGCCUAAUGCUUCUAGCUCCUCUGCGACCAUCAGCAAGCAGAUCUUCCCUUGGAUGAAAGAGUCCCGACAGAACUCCAAGCAGAAGAACAGCUGUGCCACUGCAGGGGAGAGCUGUGAGGACAAGAGCCCACCGGGCCCUGCGUCCAAGCGGGUUCGCACGGCUUACACGAGCGCGCAGCUGGUGGAGUUGGAAAAGGAGUUCCACUUCAACCGCUACCUGUGCCGGCCGCGCCGCGUGGAGAUGGCCAACCUGCUGAAUCUCACCGAACGUCAGAUCAAGAUCUGGUUCCAGAACAGGCGAAUGAAAUACAAGAAGGACCAGAAGGCCAAGGGCAUCCUGCACUCGCCAGCAGGCCAGUCCCCCGAGCGCAGCCCGCCGCUUGGAGGAGCCGCCAGCCACGUGGCCUACUCCGGCCAGCUGCCACCGGUGCCCGGCCUGGCCUACGACGCCCCGUCCCCGCCAGCUUUCGCCAAAUCGCAGCCCAAUAUGUACGGCCUGGCCGCCUACACGGCGCCGCUCAGCAGCUGCCUGCCCCAGCAGAAGCGCUACGCAGCGCCCGAGUUCGAGCCCCACCCCAUGGCUAGCAACGGCGGCGGCUUUGCCAGCGCCAACCUGCAGGGCAGCCCGGUGUACGUGGGCGGCAACUUCGUCGACUCCAUGGCGCCCGCGUCGGGGCCGGUCUUCAACCUGGGGCACCUCUCGCACCCAUCGUCGGCCAGCGUGGACUACAGCUGCGCCGCGCAAAUUCCUGGCAACCACCACCACGGACCGUGCGACCCUCACCCCACCUACACAGAUCUCUCGGCUCACCACUCCUCUCAGGGACGCCUGCCCGAGGCCCCUAAACUGACACAUCUGUAGCGAUCGCCGCGGACUCGAACUCGCGGCGCAAUUACCUCUCUUGCUUUGGUGAUGGGGUGGCGGGGCGGGGCCCGCAGGGCAGUUGGGGGGGACCCUCCUUCCCUUCCCCUCCCCCUCUGGUCCGGCUGCUGCCUGCUGGAUCUGGUGGCGGAGGCGUCUGAGACCGGGCCUCCCCUCUCUGCGCGCGUCUUCCUUUGGGUGACUCGCCAUAAAUCAGCCACAAGGAUCCUCCCCUGUAAACCCGACAGUGCCACAAACUGCGGACCGAGGGACUCCAAUCUGGUAAUGGUGUCCCGAAGGUAAGUCCGAGACCCGCCAGCGGCAUGUCCUGCAGAGGAACUAGAACCUGGAGAGUCCCGGGCUGGCCCGCAUCUAGCAUAGUUUCGGAGACCUUAAUUUAUAUCCUUCUUCCCCUCCCAACGUAAGGAUUGCCUCGGACUAAACGACCUGUAUUUAUUAUUUGAAGCGAGUAAUUUCGUUUCCCUGAUUAUUUAUCCUCGUCUUAAUGUAUUUAUGUGUAUAUUUGUAGAAUUCUCCAGCCGAGUUUAGGUACACGCUCCAUGGCCUUGGGGGCUACAUUUCACCUCUUUAGUCCCUUUGGUCAGAACUAGUUGAAAGAGUAGUUUUGAACAGUUAUAACCGUGGCUGGUGUUUGUAGUUGCUGUAAAGGAUUGAGACCACAAAUUGUCCUUCAUGGGUAGAGUCAGGCAGCCCGGUGUAUGGCAAGACGCGUUAUUUUCUCUACAGCAGCAGCCUUGGCCACUCGACACAGUUUAUUGAUUUCAAAUUGUCUGGUACUAUUUGAACAAAUAUUUAGAAUAAAAAAUUUUCUCUGUCAGAGUGUAUCUGUUCAUGAACGCUUGCAAGCAGGUCAUUCUUUCUUUAUUCCGAUGGAAGGCCCAGAGAAAGUUGACCCUUUGAAAAUUGUUUAUUUGGUAUUUAGUGCACAAGUUGGUUUGGGGAGAAAUACUUGAUUACAUUCCCACUAUUGAAAUGGGAAGGAGACCUUGGAGGAUGCAAAUCUAGAAAAAUUCUGAGUGGGCUGAUUGGAACAGGGCUUUGUCAUGAGAGCACCUAUCUUGAUCUUUCUAAACACAAUAGACUGUUACAGUAGGGAGUCCAGAGGUCAUUCUUUUUCUGCAUUAAGUAAUAAAAAAAACUUUAAAAGAAACCUGACAAUCAAAGAAAAGACGUGAGAUGUAGUUAGAAUUGACUAUGAAAAAGCUAAGGUGUAAAAAAGGAACCCAUUAUUUGGAGACUGGCACCUGAGCUUUUUCUAAGAAAUCCUGUCAUGAUUCCCCCCCCCCCAAUGGUCAAUAGUUCACUUCUAAAGAAUACAAAUGUUCUCCAUGAUGUAAAAUAAUCAACGUUUCAUUCAUGGAACAUAACACAUAUACACAUCUUGUUUACUCCUGUUUCUUUGUACAAAACGGACAAAAAUGUCGUCUAAGAUUUAGAACCACUUUGUAAAUAUUAGCGUGGCUCUUGCUUAGGGGUGGACAGCUUACACUUGCUUCCAUGGGAGGGGGCAUUUGGAAAACGCCUUCAGAUAAGGUUCAAUUCCUUUGUAUUUCAGAGAGUCGGCCCACGCAUCUCUAUUUGGUUUGACAAAUAAUGCAACUCCUACUCCAUCCCCAGUGACCGAGGUGAAAUUCCUAUUGUGUGGAAAUAAUUUAACUCCUAAUCUUCUGGUGGAACAACACUCGUUUCUAUUUGGAUGUUUGUGUUUCGCUAAGUAAUGAUGGCUCAACAUAAUAUUUAGUUUCCUUGUUCCUUUGUGCUGUUUUAAAAAUGGCAUGUUAGAUUGGGGUGGGAGGGGACAUCCUUUUGCUAAAUUUCACUCUAUCAAGCAGGUUUAAAGUAUAUAUGUUGUAGAAGUGUAUCAGCAGAAUAAAUGACUUCAAUCGAAGGCAUAUUUUACCCACUUUCAAGGCGUAACAUUGUUUUCUAUGAAACUUGCAUCCAUAGGCAGAAUUUCUAAUUGUCUUGUAAGAAAUUAUUUUUUAUGCUAUUAGGGAAAUCAAAGAAGAGCUUGCUGCCUUGCAGGGAUUACAACUACCUUUCUUAACUGGCUAAAUAUUAAAUAGAUGAAUUGUCAGGCUGUUUAGAUUCAGCCCGG